UCCUCAUUACAUCAUCCAUGAUCUUCACAGUUACAUUCAUUCCAAAUGAUAUGUCAUUUAAAUUCCUCCGACUAACCACAUCGCACAGUGGGGAAAAAAACAGUUAAUGUAGCCUAGUUCCUGUACCCUGACGCUGUUUCCAUUCUCAGCGUUGCAUUUCACUGUUGACUCCAGCAACGUGCUUCAUACCGACACACACUCCGUAGCCACGCCCUCGCGCGGAACAAAAUAGGCAAACGGCAUCGCAGCUGGCUCAUUCAACUCCGGAGCCUCGCACAGUCUACGAUGACAGCCCGAGUUCACCAAAGCCGGAGCCCGCUCAGAUGAUGACAGUGGAUAUAUUUUGCACGGGUGCUUAACGUUCUCAGGCUUUCCUCUCAUCAGUCCUUUCAAAGGCGUCUGCGUUUCCACUGUGCUGUUUCUUUUUUUUUCCCACUUCAGACCACUUGUUUAAAAUGCCUUUUCCGCCCAUCAACCUCCAUCCGCGGAUUUCCUCGCCGGGGAAGGAGCUGUUCAGGAAGAAGAAGUCAAACCCUGUGCCUUCUCAGCCUCUGCUAGGAACUAAGCCUAAGGACGAAAAAGACUGUGAUCGGGACAAGCUGUGGCCGGCGGGCAACCUGAAGCAACUCGGAAGAAGGCCACAGCAACAGUUAAGCAAAGCUCCCACUUCCAGAGCCACCGCGGCUCACGGAGACACCGAGAGUAGGCACUCCGGUCUGGCGGUGCCCAAAGCCCUGGCUAGCUCCUGCGACAGCGUGCCCAGAUCUAGCUCGGGGGAGUCGGGAGCGCAGAGGAGCCAGAAGUAUGCCUCUCGGAGCUCGCUCAGCAAGGAAGAAGGGGAAGAAGAAAUCCGCUUCUCACUGAGUCUCACUCCGGAGGCCAUCCUGGUGAUCCAAAAGCGCAAUCUGGAGAAACAGAUGCUGGCCAAGCAACAGAAGUGCUGCUCGUCGGGGGACUUUAGACACAGGCGGGUAUUCCCCUCCAAGAGGACGCAGGGGGCAGGUGCGAAGGGGUCAGCUGCAGCAGCGCCCGUGGCCAAACUCGAGACCCCUGGAGAGGAUAUCAGGACGAUUGUCAAGAUCUCCCUCCUGAACGACCAGUACAAAUACGACGACGUCGAGUAUGAGGAGGAGGACGGAGACGUGGACGAAACGGUGAUGAGGAAAUGCAAAGAAUGGCUGAAGGGGGUCGAGAGCGCUGCAGCCUUCGGCAAAGUGGAUAGACUGUCAUCCCUGCCCCAUGUUAGAAGCUGACAACUGACGGUUUGUGUUUCCUCUGGCCAAGCUCAGAACUGGUGACACUUUUUUCAUAGUUUACACAUGCUUAAUCAAUGCUUUACAACACGCCAACAAACACGUCGCCAAGAACUUGCUUGCCACAGUGAUGUGAUGUUGAAAGGUGUUUUGAUUGGGCUUGUUUGCCACUGGCUCACGUUACACGACUGUUUGUUCAAACCCCUUGCACACUGCUGUGGUUGUCGUAUGGUUGCUUACAGUGAAACUGGAAUAAAAAGGUGAAACGUGAGAAGGAACGGAUUGUGAAUGGAGAAUGGAAAACUGACAGCAGCUAUUCUUGAUUUUUCUUGCCUGGAGAGGACUCUUCCUUUUGUGCCAGAGAACAAUAGCGUCCAGAACGGAGUCUGUGUGCCGUGCGUAAAAAGGCACAAAUUAUAUUUUGUGGACAUUAUUUAUCGCUAUACUGUGUUGACAACGAAGGAAAGCUAUUGUUGUACAUAUUAAACACUUGUUUGUACAGUAUUUAUUAUGCAAUCUCACAGCUACAAUUGCUUUUUCUGUCACUUUAAAGUUUUUAUAAUAAAAAACUAAAAGUAAGCAAAGUGUUUUAUUCAAUAUGUUCAGUGUUUCAAUAUAUUGUUGUGUUGUUUGUUAUUAGCCCGGUACUGUUCACAUCUAACAAAUGAAACAAAAGAAACAAAACUGCCAAACUACAGCACAGUUGUCUAUAUUUGGAGCUUGGUUUAUCUGUCUUUAACUGUUUCCAAGCUGGAUAUGCCCAUUUGGGCACCGUCAUGUUGUGGUGUCAAACGUCCAGGCGUGCGAAGGAUGUCAACAUUGCUGCUUAGUCUUUGGAUUCUUUGUUGCUGCUAAGCCUCUUAGGGUUAGUGCGUAAUGAGAUUGAGCGCUCCUCAGCGGGCCCGGACAGUCCACAGGCAUCACAUCUCAUACACUGACCUGACAAUCAUCAUCAAAACCCUUAACACUGCAUUAAUACCUGCAGCAGUGUGGCAAGAAAACCC